UCUUUCUCUUCGCCGCGCAGUCUCUGAGCGGCGCGGGCUCGUGGGGAGCGCGAGGCCGCCGAGGCGCCCGCGGGCGGGAGGCCGGUCCCGCCGCGCCCCGCGCCCGCGCCUGCUGACAGCUGCAGCUGGGCUCGAGCCGUCCGCUCCCAGCUCCGCGGCCUCCGCCCCCUCGGGCUCCCUCCCCUCCGCCUCUACCCUUCCUGCCCCGGUGCGGAUCGUUUCGCAACUGCUCGCCUCUCGCCCCGUGCCCGGCUGGUUUCCAUUUCCCGGCCACCCCCCUCUUCUUGAGUACUUUGCCCCUGCAUUUGGGGAGAGGGGCUGGAAAGGGGGCGGGUGGAACGUCCGGAGGAGAAGGAGGAAGCGAGGCCCGGAGGAGGAGGAGGAGGACCGGCAGACCGUAGGGAGGAGACCCCACGCCACCCUUUCUGGUCAUCUCCCCUCCCGCCCCGCCCCUGCGCACACUCCCUCGCCGGCGAGCUACUUUCGGGCGAGGAAAGUGAGGGCGGCCCUGGGUGACAGCGCCUCGGGGCUAGUCCCGGGGAAGCCGCGCGUCUGCUCGCGUCUUGUCCGCCGUGCUCCCAGCCAAGGGGACAGCCCGGACCGAGGAUGGCUUCGACUACAACCUGCACCAGGUUCACGGACGAGUAUCAGCUUUUCGAGGAGCUCGGAAAGGGGGCAUUCUCAGUGGUGAGAAGAUGUAUGAAAAUCCCUACUGGACAAGAAUAUGCUGCCAAAAUUAUCAACACCAAAAAGCUUUCUGCUAGGGAUCAUCAGAAACUGGAAAGGGAAGCUAGAAUCUGCCGUCUUUUGAAGCACCCCAAUAUUGUGCGACUUCAUGACAGCAUAUCGGAAGAGGGCUUCCAUUACUUGGUGUUUGAUUUAGUUACUGGAGGUGAAUUGUUUGAAGACAUAGUGGCAAGAGAAUAUUACAGUGAAGCCGAUGCCAGUCAUUGUAUACAGCAGAUUCUAGAAAGUGUAAAUCAUUGUCACCUAAAUGGCAUAGUUCACAGGGACCUGAAGCCUGAGAAUUUGCUUUUAGCUAGCAAAUCCAAGGGAGCAGCUGUGAAACUGGCAGACUUUGGCUUAGCCAUAGAAGUUCAAGGAGACCAGCAGGCAUGGUUUGGUUUUGCUGGCACACCUGGAUAUCUUUCUCCAGAAGUUUUACGUAAAGAUCCUUAUGGAAAGCCAGUGGACAUGUGGGCGUGUGGAGUCAUUCUCUACAUUCUGCUGGUUGGAUAUCCACCCUUCUGGGAUGAAGACCAACACAGACUCUACCAGCAGAUCAAGGCUGGAGCUUACGAUUUUCCAUCACCAGAGUGGGACACAGUGACUCCUGAAGCCAAAGACCUCAUCAAUAAAAUGCUUACUAUCAACCCUGCCAAGCGUAUCACAGCCUCGGAGGCACUGAAACACCCGUGGAUCUGUCAACGUUCUACUGUUGCUUCUAUGAUGCACAGACAGGAGACUGUAGACUGCUUGAAGAAAUUCAAUGCUAGAAGAAAACUAAAGGGUGCCAUCUUGACAACUAUGCUGGCCACAAGGAAUUUUUCAGCCAAGAGUUUGUUGAAGAAACCAGAUGGAGUAAAGGAGUCAACUGAGAGUUCAAAUACAACAAUUGAGGAUGAAGAUGUGAAAGCACGAAAGCAAGAAAUUAUCAAAGUCACUGAACAACUGAUCGAAGCUAUUAACAAUGGGGACUUUGAAGCUUACACGAAAAUCUGUGACCCAGGCCUUACUGCUUUUGAACCCGAAGCUUUGGGUAAUUUGGUGGAAGGGAUGGAUUUUCAUCGAUUCUACUUUGAAAAUGCUUUGUCCAAAAGCAAUAAACCAAUCCACACUAUUAUCCUGAACCCCCAUGUACAUCUCGUGGGCGAUGAUGCUGCCUGCAUAGCGUACAUUAGGCUCACACAGUACAUGGAUGGCAGCGGAAUGCCAAAAACAAUGCAAUCAGAAGAGACACGUGUGUGGCACCGCCGGGAUGGAAAGUGGCAGAAUGUUCAUUUUCAUCGCUCGGGGUCGCCAACAGUACCCAUCAAGCCAUCUUGUAUUCCAAAUGGGAAAGAAAACUUCUCAGGAAGCACCUCUUUGUGGCAAAACAACUAAGGCCUGAAAACCAUUCACAUAUGGGUCUUCUAAAUAUCAACAGUGCCACUUCUGCAUUCUCUGUUCUCGAGGCACCUGGAUGGUAACCCCGGGCCGUCCUCUCCUCCUCUUCAUGCAUGUUUCUGAGUGCAUGAAGUUGUGAAGGUCCUACGUGUAAUGCAUAUGUGAUGCAUCAUCUUGUCAUAUAUUCCUUCCUAUACAUUGUUUACACUUCAACUAUGAGGAUGUUCCAUGCAAAUUUAAAUCACUGUUGGCAAACAAUAGGGGGAGGUCAGACAGAAAAAUUCCACAAUAUUCCGAGUACAACCUGUUCAUCCAGUUUCUCUGUUUAGGCCAAGACUUACCAGACUUCAGUUACCGUUCUCUGAAUGACAGAGAAAUGUACAUUUUUAAAAACUUUGCUGUUCAUCUGUUUUAGCUUGUUUAACAAAAAAAGGCAAAAAAAAAAUUACCUUCAGUUUCCUGGCGUGAUCCUGGUUGCAAUGGAUGAUUUUUCACUGAAAGCUGUGUUGCAGUUUAACAUUUAAAGUGGGUUGAUAUGUGGGCAGAAUCACUUACAAAUGUGGAAGCAAGAAUCAGUGGGUUUGUUACUAUCUAAAGCCAUGUCUUUUUUGGUCAAACUGUGUAAACUGGAAAAACUCACAUCAUUGACCAGUUUGAUCACUUUAGAGUAUACGCGCACUGUUCUGGUGAAAUUUGCUGAAUUGAAUUUUUUGUUCCUUUCUCAGUCCCAAGCUCUUUUUUCUUCAUUUUCUCCUAUUUAUUACUUUUGAUUGCUUCCUUUGUAAUUUUCUUUUCCUCAUUCUUUACUUUUUUUUUUCUUCUUGUCUAGUAUGUAAGAAAAGUGAAAUUUGCAUAAUGAAGGCAAAAUUAAAACUGAGGCCUUUCGGAGGUGGCUAAACUAGUACUUUGAUCAUCUUCUGGGCCCGUAAAAAUGACGUCAAGAUGAUUUCAAAAGUUUGUAAUUCUGCCCGAGUUUGGACGUAGGGAUCCUAACUAUGGUGGAGGUAUUAGAAUUGUUUAAACUUAUAAUGAAAGCAAGUAGGUUCCUAAAUGUACCUGCGCUGUGGCUUCCUGAUUGGCGCAGUUGCCAGGAGAGUACCAGGUUAGUCGCGGAUCAGGAUUGUGUGCAAAGGCACUUCCUUCUGCCUUGCGGGAUGGGCACCUCCUGUGUCGUCCCGGGCUACUUUUCUGAAAUUAGAGAGGCCUGCGUGUGUUUUCAUUCUCCUGAAUGUUUUGAACGCGACCUCUGUGACCUGUGCUUUUGUAGCGUCUCUCAUAUGUCAGAAUAACAUUAUCUUCCUCCCAAGAGUUAGCAUUUCCCUGUUUAAAAAAAGAAAAAAAGAAGAAAAAAGGAAACGUCCCUGUUUUCUUUGUGCUUCUCAUUUCUUCUUUGUUUAUUCAAUUCCUGUAGGGCUUUUUCUCCUCCCUGAAAUGCUUUAUAGUGCAUGGUAUCUUCAUCAAUGUUAUGUUAACAAUAGUAAUUCACAGUCCUCAGAAGCCUAUUUUUAAAGCAGAAGCAAAAAAAUAAAAAAUAUCAACCCUCCCUCUUUUCUCAUUUCACCUUUCUGUGUUGAUUACUAAUCACCUUAGAUAUUGUUGCUAGUGGAUGUAUGGUAGAUGGAUUGAAGCUUUUCUGAUAAUUAUUACACGAUUUAAAACAAUAUAUAUUUAAAAUAUAUACAGUAAAUGUAUUGAGCCAUGUUAACCUGCCAAUGAGAUCUGUGAAAAAGUAAUGGCCUCAUUUUUCCCUUUUUAAUUUCUUUUACCUUUUUGUGAAGCGGCUAUACGUGGCAUACAUGUAUUUUAAAAAAACAAACAGGUAUAGAGUGUUUGGGUUUUUUUGUUUUUGUUUUUGUUUUUUUACACUUUUAGCAUGUGGUGUUGAAGUAUUACCAUAGAUCAAGUUUGUCUUCCGCACUAAGAUGUGAGGAAAUUGUGAUUUGUUCUCUCCACCACAGUUGAAUUACACGUUUAUUAUCUUCUCUCAUUUUGAAACACUGCAGUUUACCAUGGGACACUGUAUAUAUUUCUUGCCAUAAUGGUAAAUGACUGAUUGAUAUAUUUAAGAGUUAAUAAAUUUGUGAUUUCU